GCAAGGUAAAUUAGGGUUUCAAAAUGGCAAGAAGGGAAAACUGCAAGAAGAAUAAUUCUGAAUUACCUCACGAACUCAUGUUCAAUAUAUUCUUCUUGUUACCUGUAGCAACACUCCUUCGCUGCAAAUCAGUUUGCAAAACAUGGCUGUCAAUCAUAUCAGACCCUCGAUUCGUCAAAGCUCACUGCAUCGAAUCGCAGAAAAGGCAACCUAGUUCUGUACUGGAAGUUGCGAGCGACGACCAACUCUGCAUUGAUAAUCAUGAAACUAAAACCCUCUUUGAAAUGCCAGAAGAAUAUCUUUAUGGUAAGUCUCCUUUUGUAUCCAGUUGUAAUGGUCUUGUUUGUUUUGCCCAUCAUGAUCCUCGUGUUACAUAUAUUGGGAAUCCGAUGACUAGGCAAUUUAAGAAACUUCCCAGUCCUCCUAAAGAACCUGAUUCACGUCUGUGGAGGAUGGUAGGGUUUGGUUUUGAUGAUGUUUCUGAUGAUUACAAGUUUAUUAGGUUUUUUGUUAAAGGUAUACAUAGUCGUAGUUACAGGAUUAAAGCUGAGAUGUAUUCUGUGAAUGAGGAUACUUGGAAAGAGGUUAAGGUUCCUGAGGGCCUAGAGAAAUUUAAGUUUCCUCUUUUUCGAGGAGUAGGUAUUUUUCUUCCUGAUCAAACCAGGGUAUUGUAUUUUGAAGGCUUUCAUGAGUUACUAUCAUUUGAUUUGCAUGAUGAAGUGUUUCGAGUGCAUCCGUUUCCCAAACCUGGAAAGUUACCUGCAGGGCAAGGUAAGCCAAUAAGGUCUAGUCUUCUGGAGUUUGAAGGUUCUGUUGCUAAGAUCUAUGAGGAAUCUAGUGGUGAUGAUGAAACAGUUCUUAGUCUUUGGACAUUGGACGGGGAUUGUGGCAAUGGAUCUUGGACUAAACAGUUUAAUUUUGAGGAUCAUAUAAAAAAUGAUCAUGUAACUUUAUAUCUGGGUGAUGGACAGUUUGUUGUUGCUGCAGAAAAUUAUGAUCGCCAUGGUUAUCCCAGUGAACCCAUCUUCUACUACCACAAAAAGAAACAUGCCAAGGAGUAUCUUGGAGCAUCUCCCGCUAGAGAGCUUAUUUCAGUUGUCAAGUGCAAUGAAAGUCUUGUUUCCCUCAAAGGGUUUAAACAACUAGAAUAA